AUCUGCAUCAUGGCUCUGUUGCUUCUCCUUGUCUGUUAAUCACAGCUUUACCUCUCUGUUAUCGGACUCAAUAUCUCCAUCUCUUCCUCUUUUACCUGUUGGGCUUCUGCUCUCUCUGUUCAUCAUGGAUCUGUCCUUCAUGGCAGCGCAGAUCCCUGUAAUGACGGGUGCCUUCAUGGAUUCAUCUCCAAACGACGACUACAGCACGGAUCACUCACUCUUCAACUCCUCGGCCAGCGUCGCUCUUCACCAGCAGGAGACACCACAACGGGUUUCCCGCGAUGCCAUCUGGCUCUGGAUCGCCAUUUCUGCCACCAUCGCAAACAUCGUGGUGGUCGGAGUUGUGUACGCCUGCACAUUCUGAGUUUGGGAACUUUGGGAAAUAAAUGUCACUUCAAACUCAACAA